AUGGUAUUCCACUUCAUACCAGUCAUUGUUCUACUGUACAUUAUUUUAAUUCUCACUUAUGCGGGUUUGUCCUGUGCUCCUUAUGACACCAAGAACCAAUGGCGCAGAUUGGAAGCUAUUCGAAUCACUGCCGUCAGAACCAUUAUUGAGUUGCCGCUAUCCAAGGUGCCAGAUCCAAGCCAACAAAUUGUUUUACAUAAUUUUUUCUCCAACUUCGAACAUAUCGAAAACCUGAGACGCUCAGAUCAGUCGGUGCCAAUUAAUAACAAUCUCAAACCAAGAUUCCUCCAGUGGACCCUUAAGCAUUAA